GCGCUUGAUGUUAACGUCAGAGUUAAAAUGGCAGCUGGCAGAACAUAAAAACGUAGUAAGCAAAACUUCUUUGUAGCCAGAAAUAAAUUAAACAUUUUGUAUUUAUUAAGUGAACUUUGCAAACGGUACAUUUCUUGUUUACUCCAACUACCCAUACAAAAGUAUAUUCGUAUUAAUACUAGCAAGGGCACUAUGAAAUCAGAUGAGGAGGAGUUGAUGCCCAGGCUCUUGCCUGUAGAAGAAUAUGACGUUGAAGAUUUUGAUCCCACAGUGCCCCCGAGGAACCCCCAGGAAUAUUUAAGACAGGUUCAGCUUGAGGCAUCAAUGUGCCCUGAAGUUAUGGUUGCUCAGAUUGACCCAAAGAAGCUUAAGAAGAACCAGACUGUAAACAUUUCACUUUUGGGAUGCCAGCCAGCCCCUGAAGGUUUUUCACCCAGUCUCAAGUGGCAGCAACUGCAAGUUGCUAAUUUUUCAGAUGUUAGACAGAAUGUUAACAAGCACAGAGAACAUUGGAAGUUACAAUCUUUGGACAAUAAUGUAGUGAUGCCAAAUCCAGAAGAUGAGGAAGGCUGGAAGAAAUUUUGCCUGGGUGAAAAGGUGUACUUUGAUAGGCUGCUUUCACAGGAUGAGGAUGAGAACGAGAAUGAGAACCCAGGCAUUGAUUAUGUAAAGGUAGGAUUCCCGCCUCUGCUUAGCAUUGUCAGCAGAUUGAGUCAAGCGUCAGUAACUAGUGUUUUGGAGUAUUUGAUGAACUGGUUAGGAGAGAAAGACUUUACUUCUGAACUGGGAAGGUGGUUGUAUGCAUUGCUGGCUUGCCUUGAAAAACCUUUGCUACCAGAAGCCCAUUCCCUUAUCCGACAAUUGGCAAGACGUUGCUCUGAAGUCCGUGCCAGUCUUGAGAGUAAAGAGGAUAAGAGACUAUCUGCGCUGAAUUUAUUGAUUUGCCUGGUGGCCAGGUAUUUUGAGCAGAAUGACUUGGCUGAUAAGGAGUGAUGCUUUGGCAGAAUUGUGUUUGAGAUUUUUCAGUACAGUAACCACAGUGGAAUGUGAAGCUGGGCUACAGAACCCCUAGUGGUAACAAAACUGCAGUCUUAUUGCAGUUUGCACAGCAAGGUCACUGAUCCUUUUAUAUAUAUAUAUAUAUAUAUAUAUAUAUAUAUAUAUAUAUAUAUAUA